UGGGAAUGGCUCCCAGCUCCUGCAGUGCUCAAAGGGAAACAAAGAAGAGGGUGUGGGGGUGAACUUUUUACCUGAGAGCAAGACCUGGGGAAAAACGUCCAGGUAGAGGCUUCUGGCAAAAUUGCCCACCAAAGAAAGUACUGCCUGGGAGAAAGCUGGUUUUGUAUUUUUAACUUCCAGAACCCCCGGGAGGAAGAAGAGAAAGAAAGUGGGAAACUCCAUCCGAUGGAGGGGGUACACGCCUCAGUAGGAGGCAGUGACCAGCGGAGCCCAUGGAAGGGUGGGGGUCGGGCUGCUGGAGCCCCUGAGCUCAGUUCUCCAUGCUGCCUCUUGCCAGGGACAGCAGCACUGCCAAAGGGAACUGGUCCAGAGAAGAGGGGAAGGCAUGGUGAGGGGCGUCUGCAGAGCGCAUCUUGUGAGGGAGAAGGGAGAGAACUGGUGAUUUUACCUCCAGGAGGAGAAGCCGAGGGGGAUGAGGCUGUGGCCUUCAGGACUCUCUAGCACUGUCACUUGAGGAAAGGGGAAGACUUCCUCUGUCUGACCUCAAAGACUCACUGACUAGGAGAGGCGGGGAGAUGGAUCUCAUAAGAAGUAAGGAGUAACCUGCCAGCAACUGGAAGUUCUCAGUGUCAGCAGAGACAAGUGGCCGUCAGCAAUUAUGAAGGAGAGAGUUGCUUCAGAAUCCAAAACUGAGGGAGGAUCAGUAGGGAUGAAGUAGCAGGGCACGCUGCGGGACUUCAACCGAGAAGCGUCCCAAGGGAGGGGCAAGUGCUCCAAGAGUGCUGGGCAGCUGAGGAGUGGGACCUUAAUGGCUGAGACCAGUCUAUCCCAGACCCCCCUCUAAUCCAGUCUUGUUCUGGAGGGAGAUCUAUCUGGGAAUGCCAACGAUUGACAAUAACUGCCAGGGCUGUUGCUAGCCUAUUCCAUCCCUUGUGUGAAUUAGAGUAAGAUACACCUCUCAGCAAGGGGGUGGCACCUCGGUGACAUUUAGGAUGCCACCUUGGGGCCUCGUCUUGAUGGACAUGGCCAAGGCUCAUAGCUGGGCAAUUGGCGUGUGAACUGGAUUCAUCCUCACCGCACCCUGACCAGGUUCUUGAGCAGUACACCACCUGUGCAACCAUACCCAGCAGUCCUGAUAACCAACAAUUAUUGAGGGCUUAGCAUUUAUUUGUCAAGCUUUUUUUUUCCCCAAAACCAUUUUCUUUGCAUUAAUUCAUUUAUUCUUCAUAGUAGUCCUAUGAGGGAGGUAUUGUUAUCCUCAUAUAGAUGAGGAAACAAAGGCACAGAGAAGUAAAGUGUUCAGGAGCCUGGAAGCUGAGCCCCAGUCAUUGAACAUUCACAGAGCAAGAAGCAGUUUAAGCUUAAAAAGCUAGUUUGGUUGGGGGUCCUUGUGGGAAGGAGGAAAGAGCAGUUGCUUUUUUCUUUGUCAAAGGAAGAAAUACCCACUCAGCUCACAUGGAGGAAAAAUGGAAAACUCAUCUGAUGGCAGAAAGGCGAGGAAAAAAAGAGCAAGCUCAGUCUUGAUGGCUGACAGGAGGCCUGGCCCCAGCAUCAAAUGACUUUCCUUCUUAAUCACUGGGCAUUGUGAGGUGACAAAUCCAGUUUGGGACCCGAUGGGAGGGUGAUGAGUAAGUGCCACCUGGGUGUGGUGCAGAGGGAGAAGGCCACAGCUACCCGGGGCCCCUGGCCUAGGCGGAGACUGCCCCCAGGAGUGGCCAGAGGUGGCGAGUGUCCAAACAUGCUGAUCCAGCCCUCCCCACCCCACCCCCAAUCCCCAUCUCUUCCCUCUUUCCUUCUUGUCCAGGUCCUACUCGCCUGCAAAUGCCCUUCCCAAACUUGUUCAGGAAAUCUUUCCCAGAACUCCAUUUCACAGCUCCAUAUAUGUCAUCCUUUAUUUUCCACAGGAUACAUGUUAGCACUUACUUAGCUGGAAUGGAGCAUUUUACUACAUACUGUCUCUAGACAGUAUUUUAAACAAACGAGCCUCUUGGCCCAUGAGGAUGCCUCCAACUCUGUUGGGAAGGACCAGCCGGUGCCUUCACAGAUUUGCCAUAAAGGGUGGUGUUUACCUGGAUCUUGUCACUUGGCCCAAGGUCUAGCUCUUAGCUGUGCCCGUGCAGAAACCCCAUUUCCACAGUUUUCAGAGUGGUUUGGACCUGGACUACUGUGUCACCUCCAGAGGCUCCCAGGAGUGGGUGUACAAAUUAGAAUGCUUCUUUAUUAAUUUGGAAGACGUGUGACCAUCAUGCAGACUAGAUGGUCUCUGGUCCCUGCGUCCCGGGCGAGCCACAUGGGAAACCAAAGAUCCGGGCAGCUCGUGCUUGGCAAAGCAGGGCAGGGAGAGGGGUGUCCAAUAGCAUGGGCCCCUCUUCACUCCUGUGGCCCUCUCAGCAGUGGAGAGAUACCUGCCUGGUAGAGCAGUACUCCAGUCAGCUUGGCUGUGUAGGUCUCCUUGGCCAGUGCCUCGGGGACAGUGUUUACCUGAUAGCAUUUCUCCAUUCCCUCUUGCAUAAUUUAGCUACUUUUAUUUUACUUACUUAAUUUGUUUAGUGCUUUAUAAGCAUUAGCUCCCAGCUACAUAGUUUCAUUUGCAUAAGCUAACCACUAUACAUUUCAGGGUUGGAAGGCCAGGCCAUGGAUGUGAAUGCUAGAUGCAAAUUAAGACGAUUUGGUCCGGCGGCCUGGUUGGGUUAACAGGAAGCCAAGCACAGAGCAAAGAAACGUGGUCCUGAUCAGCGCAGAUGCUCGGGGAAGUGAAAGGCCCCAGGCUGGCCACUUAGAGCAUCCCCUGCAUGCGCACGGGCGUGAAGCAGUACUAAGGCACCUUGCCUUGGCUGGCUCCGGUCAGCUUGGCCUGCCCAAAUGGCCUCUUUGGAUUUAAAGGGCUCUCUGUGAUCUCUGUCCAGGUCCCCUCAUGGCUCAUCUUUAGUAAGCCACAGUCUCCAGGGUGCCCCAGCACCAAGGAGGUGUGACCCUCCUGAGCCUUCGUAGGGUGGACUAGGGUUGAGUCCUGGCUCCCCUGCUCAGUGUAUGGACGUUCUCUGUAUUGGGGCAAGUGUUUUGACUAUUUCAAGCCUCAGUUUCAUCAUUGGUAAGAUGGGGACAACCACUCCUAGGACACGCAUAGAAAGCACUCAGCACUGUGCCUGGCACAGACUUUUAGUUUGGCUAGUAUGAGAUCUUAAAGACAGUAGAGGUCGUUCGAGGAUCCACAUUCUCUGCCGAAUUGGGCCCUCAGCUUCCCCAUUAGUGCCACUGAUGUCUGGCUGAAGGACAAGGCUGUGGGGACCCAGACUGUCCCAGAUGCAUAGAAGGAAGGAGCUCAUCGGUGCCCUAGCUGUGGUUUGUUCAGAGCUGAGGACAAAGCUUCUAGUCCUGACCUUUUAUCCAGCUCUGGGAGAGGGAGAAUCAGGUUUGAGUCUUGGCCUGAAUAGGCAUCCAGAUGGGAGAGAAGGGUUAGGUUUUCUGGGAGAGGACAAGGGUCAUUUGGGAGUGCCCAAGAGGUCUGUAGGGUCCUCCUCAGCAGUUUGGGACCUGUGAUAUUUUCCCAAAGAAAGUGUAUUCCCCCUCCAUCCAUCCAGGUGGCCCACCCCUUGACAUCAGCAGAAUGGAAGUAACUGGUAGGUGACAUCACUGUUGCCCAUGGCAACACCUCCACCUUAAGGUAGAGAGAGGAAUAAGAGCCAUCCUAACUGUAAGACACAUGUUGAAAGGAGAGACCGUAGAAGGUGUGACCUCCACAGGAAAGUUGCAGCCAUGGCUCUGGGGCUCUUCCGGGUGUGUCUGGUGGUGGUGACAGCCAUCAUCAACCACCCGCUGCUGUUCCCGCGGGAGAACGCCACGGUCCCCGAGAACGAGGAGGAGAUCAUCCGCAAGAUGCAGGCGCACCAGGAGAAGCUGCAGCUCGAGCAGCUGCGGCUGGAGGAGGAGGUGGCCCGGCUGGCGGCCGAGAAGGAGGCGCUGGAGCGGGUGGCGGAGGAAGGCCAGCAGCAGAACGAGAGCCGCACGGCCUGGGACCUGUGGAGCACCCUGUGCAUGAUCCUCUUCCUGGUGAUCGAGGUGUGGCGGCAGGACCACCAGGACACGCCUUCACCCGAGUGCCCGGGCGGGGACGAGGACGAGCUGCCCGGCCUGGAGGGUGCCCCGCUCCGGGGCCUCACCCUGCCCAACAAGGGCACGCUCGACCACUUCUAUGAGCGCUGCAUCCGGGGGGCCACGGCUGACGCAGCCCGCACCCGGGAGUUUGUGGAAGGCUUUGUGGAUGACCUGCUGGAGGCCCUGAGGAGCCUCUGCAACCGCGACACGGACAUGGAGGUGGAGGACUUCAUUGGCGUGGACAGCAUGUAUGAGAACUGGCAGGUGGACAGGCCGCUGCUGUGCGACCUCUUCGUGCCCUUCAUGCCCCCCGAGCCCUACCACUUCCACGCAGAGCUCUGCUGCUCCCGCCACCCCGUGCCCUUGGAUCGCCAGGGCUACGGCCAGAUCAAGGUGGUCCGGGCCGACAAGGAUCCCCUGGGCUGCAUCUGCGACAAGACCAAGCUCGGGGAAGACAUGCUGUGUCUCCUCCACGGCAAGAAGAGCCUGGCGCGGCCAGGCAGCGAGGUGGAAACCCUGCUGUGUGCCAGAGGCGCCCCAUACCUGGACGCGAUGCAGGUCAUGAAAUGGUUCCAGACGGCCCUCACCAGAGCCUGGCACCGCAUUGCCCACAAAUACGAGUUCGACCUGGCAUUUGGUCAGCUGGACUCCCCUGGGUCCCUCAAGAUCAGGUUCCGCUCAGGGAAGUCCAUGCCCUUCAACCUGAUUCCUGUGAUCCAGUUUGAUGACUCGGACCUGUACUUUGUCUCACACCUUCCCAGGGAGCCCUCUGGGGACGCCCCGGCAUCCAGCACUGACUGGCUCCUGUCCUUUGCCGUCUACGAGCGACAGUUCCUCAGGAUGACGUCUAAGGCGCUGCCUGAGGGUGCCUGUCACCUCAGCUGCUUGCAGAUCGCCUCCUUCCUGCUGUCCAAGCAGAGCCGCCUGACUGGCCCCAGUGGGCUCAGCAACUACCACCUCAAGACAGCCCUCCUGCACCUGCUGGUCUCCCGGCGGCCCGCCGACUGGGAGGCCGGGCAGCUCGAUGCUCGCCUGCAUGAGCUGCUCCGAUUCCUGGAGAAGAGCCUGCUGGAGAAGAAGCUCCAUCACUUCUUCAUUGGCAACCGCAAGGUGCCCAAUGCCAUGGGACUCCCUGAGGCCGUUCGCAGGGCCGAGCCUCUCAACCUCUUCCGGCCCUUCGUCCUGCAGCGAAGUCUCUACCGGAAGACGGUGGACUCCUUCUAUGAGAUGCUCAAGAACGCCCCAGUGCUCAUUAGCGAGUAUUCCCUACAUAUCCCCUCAGACCAUGCCAGCCUGCCCCCAAAAGCUGUUGUCUUGUAAAGUAUCCAGGACCCAGAGGGCCGGGGUGCAGGACACCCCACAUGUCCACACCUCUGGGGGUGUCUACAGGGCCUGUCCUGGGAAAACAGUGGGCUUUGUUGGGAGCCUCAGCCCGCCAGGGAAUUCAGGCCCUACAGCCCGGAGGAAAGAAUCCCACACUGGAAGCUGGUUUGCUUUCAUGCCAACUGGCACCUACUGGUGAGGUUACGGUCUGGGUUUGGUAGACGCCCUGCAGCUUACUUUUGGAUCACCACAAAUGGCCAAGAGGAUGAUGAAGUACUCCAGGGACACUAAGUUAAAGACAACACAAACAUUGAUUUGAGUGCAGUUUUUACCUCCUAGGUCCAGUCUUUACUUGGAUAUCAAUAGACGAUCUCUAGGAGGGCUGACAGGGUAGCAUGUUAAGACCCUGCACCCUGUUUCCAGUCACUCUUGGCCCCGGCCAUCUGCACCCAAGGCACUAAUAGGGACAGCCGUGGGAAUUUGCAACCUUCUGUCCACAGCCUGCAAAACAGGAAUCUAACUGUAGCUGCCAUUUUUUAAGCUAUUUGGAAAAAAGACCAGGUAGAGAUUUGAGGCCCCAAGAGGCCAGUGUCUCUGUUGCAUAGAAGUGGGUACUUGGUGGCAGAGAGAAGUUUCAUGUGGCUGCUUUUUCAGCUACAUGUCUCAGGGUGCACCCCCUCACCCUACCCCUUCCCCCAGUGUGCUGAACUCUGUGGGUGCCACACACCGUGCAGGGUACAAGCUCCACGGCCCCUCGCCCCUCUGUAUUCUCUCCACAGCCGGUCUCUACGUGGUGGGGGAGGGCAGAUACCGAAGGUGGAAGCUCCAAGAGACACAGGGUGAGUGGGAUAAAGGAUAGCACCUACACCCAGAGUACUCUGGUCUGGUUCACAGCCUGGCCUCUGAUGCCCGGUUUAGAGAAAGUUGCAGAGCUGAGAAGUGACAGAUGCUGUAGCCCUGAGUUUUCUUCAGCAGGGUCUCGGUCCCAAAGCAGGAGCACCUGGAGGCCAGGGGAGACCCAGCUCCAUCUGUUGGCCCCAAGACUUGCUCUCUCUAGUGGGGCUCCCUCACUGCACAGAACCCUCUUUUCUGGAAGGGGCCUUGCUAGCCACACAGAUGACCAAGACCCGGAGAGGCUCAGCUGACUGGGAGCACACAGGACGGUCGUGCAGACCCAGCCCCCAAACCCCAGAGAGGUCACCUCAGUGCGGCCGGGGGCCCCGGUCACUGGGCGGGUGCCAGAGCCUGUGGUGGGCGCUGGCCUGUCUCCAGGCCUGUUUAGGGGGGUUGGGAAGCCACUCCUCCUCCACUUGUGGCUUCACUGGCCCUUUGGGAGUUCCUCUCAUGGCAUUGCCUCAGUAACCCUUACAGCAACCUGAGGGGGAGGCAAGAAUGAGGGCGCCUGCACCAGCACCUGGGUUCCCCUCCAGGGUUUAAGCCGGCCAUGCCUGCUGAACAGCCUACCCGGUCCACCAGGCUGCCAGGCUCACCAUGAGCUGCAGAGGAUCCUGUCCUGACCCCAGAGGUUCUCUCACCUGGUCCCAGGGGCUCUGGAAGAUGGACAACCGGUUUGCCUGCCAGGGUUUACUCGCAGCAGGCUGGGCUGUGAUGGAACACUGAAACCUGUAGGAACCCUUCCGUGUGAGCUGGAGUCAGACUGCACAGACUGGCGGCUGGGGCUGCAGGGAAGGGGCGUGCCCACGUGGUCCCCAACAGUAGUCCCAGGCCCCCCAUUCAGUUGGGACUUGUUUCCAGAGUCGGGUUGAAUUUCCAUAUUUAUUAUUGCCUGUGCCUUGCAUUCCCCCCUCCUUCAUCCGUAUCUUAUUGUGCUUGGAGGAGACCCCACAGCCAGGAACCAGCCUCCAGAAGCCAGGACCAAGCCUGAACCUCCCUUGGCUCCCAGAAGAAAGUUCACUGAAAAAUAACCUUCUGGCCUCUUGUUUAUUCAGAGAUGCCAACUCAGCGGGGAAAUGGGGGUCUUUAUGCAGCAAAGCUGCUUCUGAAGCAGAGAGCAGCAGGGCUCUCGGUGUUUCAUGCUGCCUUAUUUAUAUUAAAGGAAGAAUUAAAUUCUUACAAGAA